GCAGCCCCGGACAGCUGGCGGGGGUACCGAGGGCCGGGGGCGGGGGGCACGGCCGGGGCCCCGCCGCGGCCCCUGCGCUGCGUCCCGCUCUGCCCCGCAUGGAUGGAGCCUCGCAGCCUCCAGUGCCCGCUGCGCUCGCGCCCGGGAGGCCUGACAGGUAACUGAACACCCUCAGCGUGGAUCCUGGCAUGCUUGGAUGCACAGCAGCUCUUCCCACAGCUUCUCUUCGUCUGCCCCACGGCAAGAAGAUGGCAAAAGCCAACAUCACCAGAGACAUCAUCCACAGGCAGAUCAAGGAGAGGGGAGCGCUGGGCUUCGAGCGCCACUACCACGUCACCGACCCCUUCAUCCGCCGCCUGGGGCUGGAGGCUGAGCUGCAGGGUCACUCUGGGUGUGUCAACUGUCUGGAAUGGAAUGAAAAAGGAGACUUGUUGGCCUCUGGUUCUGAUGACCAGCACACCAUUGUGUGGGAUCCUCUGCACCACAAGAAACUCCUUUCUAUGCACACAGGACACACUGCAAACAUCUUUUCUGUCAAGUUCUUGCCGCACUCGGGGGAUCGGAUCCUCAUCACGGGAGCUGCAGAUUCCAAGGUGCACGUCCAUGACCUGACUGUCAAGGAGACCGUGCACAUGUUUGGAGAUCACACCAACAGAGUGAAGCGGAUUGCCACGGCUCCCAUGUGGCCAAACACCUUCUGGAGUGCAGCAGAAGAUGGCUUAAUCAGGCAGUACGACCUGCGGGAGAACAGCAAACGUUCCGAGGUCCUGAUAGACCUGACUGAGUACUGUGGGCAGCUGGUGGAGGCCAAGUGCCUGACAGUGAACCCCCAGGACAACAAUUACCUGGCCGUGGGGGCCAGCGGGCCCUUUGUGCGGCUCUACGACAUCCGCAUGAUCCACAACCACAGGAAAAGCAUGAAGCAGAGUCCCUCGGCUGGCGUGCACACGUUCUGUGACCGGCAGAAGCCCCUCCCGGACGGGGCGGCUCAGUACUACGUGGCAGGGCACCUCCCAGUGAAGCUCCCAGACUACAACAACCGGCUGAGGGUCCUGGUGGCCACGUACGUCACCUUCAGCCCCGACGGCACCGAGCUCCUGGUCAACAUGGGAGGGGAGCAGGUCUAUUUGUUUGAUCUGACAUACAAACAGCGACCAUACACUUUUCUCCUCCCAAAGAAGUGCCACACUUCAGGGGAAGUGCAGAAUGGCAAAACCUCAACCAAUGGAGUGUCCAAUGGGAUCCACCUCCACAGCAACGGCUUCCGCCUGGCCGAGGGGAGGGCACACGUGAGCCCCCAGGUGGAGUUGCCCCCGUACCUGGAGAGGAUCAAGCAGCAAGCCAACGAGGCCUUUGCCUGCCAGCUGUGGACACAGGCCAUCCAGCUGUACAGCAAGGCUGUGCAGAAGGCCCCCAACAAUGCCAUGCUCUAUGGGAACAGAGCUGCUGCCUACAUGAAGCGCAAGUGGGAUGGGGACCAUUACGAUGCUCUGAGGGACUGCUUGAAGGCCAUAUCCCUAAACCCUUGCCACCUGAAGGCCCAUUUCCGCCUGGCCCGCUGUCUCUUUGAGCUCAAGUACGUGGCAGAAGCACUGGAGUGUCUGGAUGACUUUAAAGGGAAGUUUCCAGAACAAGCACACAGCAGUGCCUGCGAUGCCCUCGACAGGGACAUCAAUGCUGCCCUCUUCUCCAAGAGUGAUAACGCUGAAGACAAGAAGGGGGGUGGCCCCAUCCGGCUGCGAGCCACGGGCCGCAAGGACUCCAUCUCUGAGGAUGAGAUGGUGCUGAGGGAGCGCAGCUACGACUACAAAUUCCGGUACUGCGGCCACUGCAACACCACCACAGACAUCAAAGAGGCCAAUUUCUUUGGCAGCAACGCCCAGUACAUCGUCAGCGGCUCGGACGACGGCUCCUUCUUCAUCUGGGAGAAGGAAACCACCAACCUGGUGCGUGUGCUGCAGGGGGACGAGUCCAUUGUGAACUGUCUGCAGCCUCAUCCCAGCUACUGCUUCCUGGCCACCAGCGGCAUCGACCCGGUCGUGCGACUCUGGAACCCCAGGCCGGAGAGUGAGACCCUCAACGGGCGUGUGGUGGUGGACAUGGAAGGUGCUUCCCAGGCCAACCAGCGGCGGAUGAACGCGGACCCGCUGGAGGUGAUGUUGCUGAACAUGGGCUACAGGAUCACAGGACUGACCAGCGGUGGGGCUGGAGGCUCAGAUGAUGAAGACAGCUCAGAGGGGCAGGUCCAGUGCCGGCCCAGCUAAAACAGAACUGCCUCUCCUUCCUCUAAAUGUUUGGCUGAAAGGGAACCGAGUUUCCUUGGUCCUGAACUUUCUCUGGUGAAUGACUGCACUGUUUCGCACUAUGCACAGGGUAGGACAAGCUGGCCGGGGCAGGAGCGGCCGUCUCUAAACCAUCUCCUCCUCCUCCUCCUCCUCCUCCUCUUCCAUGGCAGUGCAGUCCGGGGUUUGCCUUUAGUGGAAUUUAGUCCCAACAGGGGUCUUGAGUUGUCUGUGAGCAGUGUAACUGGUGAUUAUUUUUCCAGAGCUGCUGUAUGAUCUGGUACAGGGGCUGUUGCCUGCAUUGCAGGGGGGAUGUCAAAUUCCUGAAUAAAAUACAAACCUAGGGCAGGGGUUAUGGAAUGAA